AUGCAGAAGACUCCAUGGGAGAAUCGUUCCUUGACUCUUCCAGCAUCUGGGGGCUCCAAACAGAACUUGGCUUAUGGCAGCAUCGCUCCAGUCUCUGCCUCCCUCUUCACAGGGCUUUCUCAACUCCCAGACCACAGAGUGGGGGGAGAGCCACUUGUCUAA